AUGUUCCCAGUUUUGUUACUAGUGCUGUUGGUCGCGUUGGUGCCUACUGUCAAGCCUGAUCAGUGCUUAAAACUCCUCUGUGAUCCGGAUCAGAGUGACUGUCAGCAUUGUGAGAACUUACAGCCCCAUCAUCUCAACCAGUGGCGACGUUACAUCGACGCGUUGUUGCAAAACUUUAAAGACGAGGAAGGCAACUCCAUUUACUACAAGCAAAUACGCGAACAGCCCUUCUGCUGCAAACCCAAAGCUGGUGAAUUCUGCAGCAUCAAACUCAUCAACGAGCCCAAACUCCCUCCACACCGUCUUUACGAGUUGGGUUGCCGGGGCCAAGGUGACUUCUGGAAUUCGAUUACUUGUGCACCUGGGGGUGCUCGUUGCUGCAAUGCCACUUUUUGCAAUCUGCCCACAGAUGAGGAGAUAUCCAAGUUGAUUGUAGAAAAGCCCAAAGACAACACCCUUAUUGUGAUUCUCCCCAUCCUCUUUGUUCUCACGGCUUUUGUUUUAAUCGGCGGUUGGUGCUUCUGGCGGUGGCGUGAUAGGACGGAUUGGAGAAAAUCCCUUCAAAUGCCAGUUUCAGUGGUGGGUGGUCCGAUCGGCGAUUGUGCGGGUCAGACGUCUGGCGGUGACACUUGCCCAUGGUUGGUUGACGGAGCUUCAGGCGUUGGCGUCGUCGUAUCUGCUGGCACCGGACCCGGGGGUGCUCCAGCGCAGCUACUUAACGGCGGUCUAAUUGAGCCCCACUACCCCUCUCGCACGCCCCUCUUGACUGGGAAUCCCGGCUCCUCCAUCUCGUCCUCCGCCGUGAUGAUCAAACCCAUUCGCCCCAUGGGUGGAUCCUCUUACCACAGCAACGGCCUGAACUCCAUCGGAAGCGGUGUGAUUAUUGGUGGCUCGACUGUCGUCCGCGGGUCUGAGGGAGUGGGUGUGGGAGGCGGAGGCGGAGGAGGCGCUUCCUACACGGCUGCCCUUGCAAGCAGCGGAGGCGGCACUAUGUUCCCCCCCGCCUCCUGCUCCGCGCCUCCUGGUGGCGGGCCUGAUUUGGGCAUCACUUCGUCGGGCAGCGGAUCCGGGGCUGGUCAGCCGCUUCUGGUUGAGCGCACUGUCGCCCGACAGGUGCACCUGGAGCGACGCAUCGGCGAGGGACGCUACGGGGAUGUCUGGCUCGGUCGGCUGCACUGUGACCAGGUCGCCGUGAAGAUAUUCUCCAGUCGAAAUGAAAACUCCUGGAUCAGCAUUUCUCUACCUCCUCCUCCUCUCCCUCCCCCGCUUCUCCCCCAUCCCGUCUUUCCCUCUUCGCGUGUCAAGUGUCAUCGUCGUCGUUGUCGUGGCGGUCUGUCUUGUUUGCGGAACAAGCCCACGAGCGGUGCGUCGCCGCCAAAGUGCUACACACCCCCACCCCCACCCCCCGCAGCCCCCCAAUCUCCUCUCCACCCCCGGUACACACUUAGCAACGCAAUUCACACCUCCUUUACGCUGUUGUCCUGCCGCCUGAUCUCGAUCGAGGGCGUCUUAACCGCGCAAUCGCAGGACAUAGAGAAGGAGAUCUACGAGACGGCGACCCUGCGCCACACCAACAUUCUCGGCUUCAUCGCCGCCGACAACAAGGACAACGGCAUCUCCACGGAGUUGUGGCUAAUCGCGGAGUACCACCGGUUGGGGUCGCUGUACGAGUUCCUGCAAAGCCACGCCUUCUCCCUCCCGGCUCUCGUUAAGAUGGCGUCGUCGAUCGCCAACGGACUGGCUCACCUCCAUAUGCCCAUUAUCGGCACCUCGGAAACGCGCGACUUGGAAUCAUUUCCUCCCGAAUUAGCUGGAAUGCUGGGCAAGCCGCAGAUCGCUCACCGCGACUUGAAGUCGCGCAACAUCCUGGUGAAGGGGGACGGCGAGUGCUGCAUCGGCGACCUGGGCUUCGCGGUGAAGUUGGACAGCCUAACCGGCCAGGUGGACGUCGCGCACAACCCCGAACGCGUCGGCACCAAGCGCUACAUGGCCCCGGAGGUCCUCGACAACACCCUGCGCGCCAACUCCUUCGACGCCUACAUGCAGGCGGACAUCUACUCCCUGGGUCUGGUGUUCUGGGAGAUGACGCGUCGUGUCUACGUGCCCGAUCUCUACGGACCCGAGGAAUACCAGCUGCCUUAUCAGGAUUACGUGGGUUCGGACCCGUUGGUGGAGGAGAUGAAGUCGGUGGUGUGCGAGCUGGGUCUGCGUCCACACCUACCACUGGUCUGGCAGAAGGACAGCACCCUGCGAAUGCUCUACCACAUCAUGACGGAGUGUUGGUUCGCCACGCCCUCCGACCGUCUUUCAGCUAUGCGCAUCAAAAAGGACCUGGGCAACCAGCGCCAGCAGCUCGGACCGCCUGGACAGGCGAGUGACUCUGUCCUUCCGCCUCACAUCCUCCGCCAGCAGUCGCCCAGCCACGUCCUGCCCCCCGGUGUGUUUCUCUUUCGAUCUCCCGAGCCGACGCCAUCCAGCCCAGCAACCACCACCGCCGCCGCCACCGCCAAACAAGCGACCCCCUCAACCGUGGACGGUCUCCAGCCCGCGACACCCCUGCUCACGAGCGUACAACCACCCAACAACGAGGCGGGUGGUGUGGGGUGGGCGGGUGCUAUAAAUCUCGCCCUGACGGUGCGCAUUGGCGGCGGUGGUGGAGAGGGUGGAGGUGACUGCGUCAAGUCCACCAGCCGAUGA